AUGGGAUACAUUCAUAUAAUAAAUGGUAAUUACAAAUUGGCAGUUAAACUCUUAGAACAAAGUGUGAAAAUGAAACGAGAUAAUAAUAUGAACUCAUUUUAUAAUUACGAAAUAUUACGUGAUAUUGGUUUACUUCAUAUGAUUCUUGGGAAUUAUAGCAUGGCAUUGGCAUCAUUUAAGGAAGCAUUGCCAAUAUUAGAGCUAACUUCCGAUAAUAAUAAGCGAAAACAAAGACUGAUUUUAAAACGAAUUGAAGAAGCUAAAGAGGCACUUAAAUACAGGGUGACUACAUGA